UCAAAAAAUGGAGGAAGACGAGAAGACUUCAUUGCAAUGUUGUAGAAUACAUUUACCGGCCGAUAUCGACGAAAAAUCGCAUGAAAUGCGAGAAGAAGAUGAUGUGGAUUCUGAAAUUGAGGAUUAUCUGGUCUACGACGUCGUGUCCCAAAUCUGUAUUGUAUGUGAGGUCGUAUUAGCCAGUCCCUCGAGAGGACCGCUUUGCAAACGCUGUCACGCGUUCAUGUAUCCCGAUUACACAAUCUUGCAAAGAGAAUUCGACGAACUGAGGUCGAAGUCAAGUAACGUGUGCAAACAAAUACCUUAUGGCCGCUAUAGUCGACAGGACCGUGAAAAAUUUCCCCGCUUCAGGCCAAGGCAUCGCUGCGGGAAAGAUAGUUUGCUGAAGAAGGAAUGGAGCGAUGAAAAUGGUUGUGGAUCGACGAAAGUACCGGCAAAUGUUACGUUUCCACCUGUUUUAUGUUUUUCCGACUCUGAAUCGGACGAUUGCGAUGAAGGGGAUGUAUUUUUAGGCCUUGCACAACUAGCGAUUUUUGAUAAAGAUUUUAGUGCACGUGACCAAUUUUGUUCAAAUGAACUACAAGAUGCAAUAAUCAAAGAUGAUUUGGUCGAAUGCUUUCCCACUGAAAUUCUAAUGCAUAUAUUCUCAUAUUUGGAUGAGAAUGGCCUGUACAAGGCAUCGCAAGUGUGUCAAAGAUGGCGCAUGCUCACUGAUGGAAUGGAAAACUGGAGCAUCAUAUUUGAAAAGAAAUGGCCCCUCUUUCGACCUGUUGGUGCAGUUAAAUGUUGGAGAGAUUUGUAUGUCAAGAUGAUGGAAGCCUCCACAUGUGUGACUUGUCUUGAAGAAGGUUAUACACACAAGAGAGUCGUAGUUGACGACGUUCCAAAUGCUUGGCGAAACAAGCGUCUUCGUAGCGAGCUCAAACAGCUAUUGGUCGACCCACCUGAUGGUAUACGAGCCUGUCCGGUCGAUGACGAGUACUCUAAUUGGCAAGCAUCGAUCACUGGGCCACCCGAUUCGGUUUAUGAAAACGGUGUUUUUUAUUUGCAUUUGGAACUGCCAAGGAGCUAUCCCAUGUGCCCACCGCGGGUACGCUUUCUCACGCGAAUUCUACACCCGAACGUUAAUCGUCAUGGUGACAUUGGUAUAGACUGUCUUCGUCAAAACUGGAGCCUUGCGCUAACAAUACCGAAGAUUUUGGUUAGCAUCCAGUCCCUUUUAACAGAUCCUUACUGUCACGUGUGCAUGGAGCACGUGGUUGGGCGAAUGUAUACCGAGGACAGAGAAUACUUUAACAUAGUUGCGAGAGACUGGACAAGAAAGUUCGCGCAGCAUCAUUAUCAAAAUCCAGAACUUAAGCCGAUAACAAUUUGGUAGAAAUUUAGAGUUGGACAAUGUUCACAUAACAACGUGUAGAUAAUUUAUAUGAAACUUUACGAGUUGUAUAAGAAAAUUGAUUUCUCGAUAGA